AUGCAGGAGGAUUUCGAUUACGAUGCAUAUACUUAUGAAGCUCCUAAGCGGGCUCGCUGGUACACCCGCCUGCUGCCAGCGUGCCUGAGGCGUGGAUGCCUGUCUAAUAAAAGGCAGGCAUUUCCCCUCUACUUAAUCGGGUACGACCCUGUGGGGCAACUGCAAAGGGCGGCCAGCGUGGGUGAUGUGGCUUCAGUGGAGAGAUUCAUCAACUUCCAUGGAUGCCAUGUGAAUGAAUAUGACAGGAGGGACAGAACGUCCCUACAUUAUGCCUGUGCCCACAAUCACCCAGAUGUCGUAAGAUUGUUGUUAUCCUACAGAGCCAAUAUUAACAUCCGUGAUGAUGAAGGCUGUACCCCCUUGAUUAAGGCUACCCAGAGAGACAAUGUGGAGUGUGUUUCUAUAUUACUGACACAGGGAGCUGAUCCCCAUGUGAAUGAUCUCAGUGGGAAUACAGCCCUGCACCAUGCUGUUUGCAGGGGUAACACAACAAUUGUCAGCAAACUGCUUGAAUACAAUGUAGAUAUUGAAGGCAAAACAGAGGUUGAAAAGAAGAAGGCAGAACAUUUUCCAAAAAUUGCUGAUGAUCAUGAUAUUGCUGUGCCCCAGCCUACUGCCCACAUCGUGCCAACAUAUUCUUCAGGCAGUGGUGAUAGUGUUGAAAUUGUGGCACCUAAAAAACAGGACUUGGGCGCAGCUUGUGACACUGCCCAUGUUCUCCAGCUUCCUUUAGGUGAUGCUCUGGAUGCUAUACAGGAUGCUGACAUAAUUUUGGAUGCUGAAAAUCUAGCUGACUACACCCACUAUACAAGUAAUACCCACACGAAGUCUGUUACUCUUCUGUUAACAAGCAUGUCACUGCUCCUCAUAACAUCCUUGAUGUGGUUUCUGAAAUUCUUCUUCUCAAUGCUGAUGUGGAUAUUACAAUAA